AUGGGUGACUAUUCACAAGCACUUUCAUAUUACGAAAAAUCACUGGACAUCUACAAGAAAAUUCUCCCUCCAAAUCAUCCCGGCUUGGCUUCUUCCUACAACAACAUCGGUAAUGUGUAUGAUGAAAUGGGCGAGUACUCGAAAGCACUUUCAUCGCACGAACGAUCACUUGAAAUCCGAAAAAUAGCUCUCCCUCCUAAUCAUCCCGACUUGGCUACUUCCUACAACAACAUCAGUGCAGUGAAUUAUAACAUGGGCGAGUACUCGAAAGCACUUUCAUCGUACGAACGAUCACUUGAAAUCCGAAAAAUAGCUCUCCCUCCGAAUCAUCCCGACUUGGCUACUUCCUACAACAACAUCGGUGUGGUGUAUGAUAACAUGGGCGAGUACUCGAAAGCACUUUCAUUUCUCCAAAAAGGACUCGCGAUACGACAAAAAUCACUGCCACCAAACCAUCCGGAUAUUGCACAGUCGAAAAGAAACAUUGAAGAUGUAAAAAAGAAAAUGUAA